ACAUAUUAGUGUGCUGCACAUAGCGAGAACACCAUGUGGAAAGAACGUAGUCCACUUUAAAGCUUAUUAUUUCAACUUUAGUGGUUUGAAACAUUUAGCUGAUCCGGUUUAUGUAAUCAGUAUGGUUAGCUUAUAUAUACUUUAGCAACAUUUUUCGAGUUUUUGUGGUGAAACUAUUCAGUCGGCUUCAAGUUAAAUCAUGGGGAAAUCAAAGACUAAAAACCAGAAGAAAUCCCGAGGACAAGCCAUCCACGUGGCUGAGGAUGCCUACAGGUCUGUGCCCCACUCCUUCGUGUUUCAUCGGGGUCAGGUUGGAAAAAACGUGGGUCAGCUCGUCCAGGACAUGAGGAAAGUCAUGCAGCCUUACACCGCAGAGUCUCUGAAGGUACGGAAAAAAAAUCUCCUUAAGGACUUUGUGUCUGUAGCAGGACCCCUGGGGGUGACCCACUUCAUUAUCUUUGGCAAAACUCCCGACAGCAUCAACAUGAGACUCGCUCGACUUCCCAAAGGCCCCAUGCUUUAUUUUAAGGUCCUCAAGUAUUCCCUUAUCAAAGACGUGGUUUCAUCGUUGAAGAAGCACAGGAUGCAUGAGCAGCAGUUCACCCACCAUCCACUUCUCAUCCUCAGCAACUUUGGAGUGGAUGGCAUGCACGUGAAACUCAUGGCCACCAUGUUCCAGAACAUGUUUCCCUCCAUAAACGUCCAAAAGGUAAACCUCAACAGCAUCAAGAGGUGUGUACUGUUCAGUUUUGACCCAGCAUCCCAGGAAAUUCAGUUUCGGCACUAUAGCCUGAAGGUCGUCCCUGUGGGGAUGAGCCGAGGAAUAAAGAAGCUAAUGCAAGAAAAGUUCCCCAAUAUGAGCAAGUUUGAGGAUAUCACUGAACUGCUGGUGAAGGGAGCAAACUUGUCUGAAAGUGAAGCCGAGCAGGACGGCGAGCACAACAUAACGGAGCUGCCACAGAUGUAUUCCGGAAGAGGCAACAUGCCGUCCCAGCAGAGCGCUGUCCGUUUGACCGAAAUCGGUCCUCGAAUGACGCUGCAGCUGGUGAAGAUCCAGGAAGGGAUGGGAGACGGGAACAUUCUUUACCACUCCAUGAUUUCCAAGACAGAGGAAGAAAUACAGGAGAUCCUGAGGAGGAAGGAGGCGAAGAUGAAGGAAAAGGAGGAACGCAGGAAAACACAGGAGCAAAAUGUGGCGACGAAGAAAGAGAAACGAGAAGAGAACAAGAAAAAGAGUCUGGAAGGCAUAAAAAAGAAACAAGCUGAAGCCGAGGAGGACAGUGAGGUGGAAGAUCCAGGGAUGCAGGACGAUAGGCCAGCUGCUGUUGAAUCUGAUGAUGAUGUGGAGUACUAUAGACAGGCUGUGGGGCAAGAACCAGAUGAAGAUAUGUUUCCGGGGGCCAAGAAGAGGCAGCGUCCAGAGAAAUCUCACGACCGAGCCAAGAAGAGAAAGCUGUCCCCUGGUAAAUCAAAACAACCAGAUUCUAAAUCACCAAAAAGAAAAGGUGCAGUUGGGCAGCACAGAGACAAAACGGGAAAAGCUCCUCAUGGAAAAGGAUGGAAGAAAUCUAAAGAUGAGGAGAAAGCAUUUGGGAAGAAAAAGCGGCCUCCAGGAAAAGCAUUUGGCUCUAAGAAAUCUGGAGAGAGGGAAAAUAAAUUUUCACGCAAAAACUUUGAUGGAAAGAAAAACAAGGACAAAACGUUUCAGACAAAAGGUCACAAAGGCAAGUCUGGCCUCAAGAGGAAAGGUGCAGGUGGAAAGCAAAGCUUCACACGGACAAAAGGAAAGCGCUGAACUUUGCUUUGUUUUUCCCCUUCAUUUGGACUUUGGGUGUAGUACCUUCCAAAGGCAACAGAAGGCAGCAAAUGUAUUUGCUCUUACUGCUUAAGUCUGAGGAAAUGUUAUUGGACAGUUUCAAAUGAACAAAUUGUAAAAAAAAAAAAAAAAUACAGAAAUGUUCAUCAGUUUAUAGUUGUCGACUUCAGAACAAAAAUAAAACAUUUUUUGAUUAAAUAA